GCGUCGAGUCGAGUGGGCCCAAGUCUCUGUCGAGGGGCACCGCUUCAGCGAGAUGGGUCGCCCUCUAGAUGGUCUGACAGUGCUCGAGUUUGCUGGCUUAGCGCCCGGGCCGUUUGCCGGCAUGGUGCUCGCCGACUUUGGAGCUCGCGUGAUUCGUGUCGACCGGCCAGGCACCAAUUUCAACUCAGAUACGCUCUGUCGCGGCAAAGAGUCCAUAUCUAUCUCGCCCAAGUCAGCCAGCGGGAAGGAGAUCUUGCUUGAUCUGAUCAAGCCGAAUCAGCAAGGAUGGAAAGGAGUAGAUGUGAUCAUCGACCCUUUCCGACCUGGUGUACUGGAGCGACUGGGGUUGGGCCCGGAUGUACUGCUCGCUGCUAAUCCUGGCGUGGUGGUCGCUCGUCUGACCGGCUAUCGUAGGACGGGCGAAUAUGCCAAGAUGGCAGGACAUGAUAUCAACUACAUUGCGCUCUCCGGCGUCCUAUCUAUGCUACGGCCUAGCCAAGGCAAGAGCGCGCCCUUUCCGCCUGCCAAUUUGCUGGGCGACUUUGCAGGCGGAGGCCUGAUGUGCGUCUUGGGGAUCCUCCUUGCACUCAUCGAGCGGACCAGGAGCGGUCAGGGUCAGAUCGUCGAGGCUGACAUGAUUACCGGCACACGAUACGUAUCAAGUUUCCCUCUGAUGCUGUCCAAGCUGAGCGUUGGCAUGCCCAUUUGGUCCGAGAAAGCGGGCGAUAAUGUACUGGACGGCGGGGCACCUUGGUAUGGCGUAUAUGAAACACGCGAUGGCAAGUACAUGUCCGUCGGAGCCAUCGAAAGUCAAUUUUACGAGGAGUUCCUACAGAUCCUCAUUAAGAGCCUGCUAGAUUCUCCACCGCCAAAGGACAGCUUGACGCCAACAGCCGCGCCUGCACCCUCGAAUUACAGAUACCCAUCGCCUGCAACACAACACGAUAGAUCCACUUGGCCAGAGCUACGAACGUUCUUCACCACGGCAUUUGCUACGCGUACGAGAGAUGAAUGGACUAGCGUCUUUAUGGGCACCGAUGCUUGCGUUGCGCCCGUGCUCGAAAAGGAAGAGGUUUCGCGUCAUGGCGUGACAAUACACGAGGAGGCAUAUGGACGAGAUAUGCAGGAGGAAGAAGAGGAUGAAGGGACGAUACCCGAGCCCAGUCCGAUCCUGUCACGGACACCAGCCAGACAGGCACGCGGACAGUUCAGCGAGGGCUACACAUUAGAGCCAGGGAGAGAUACAAGAGAAGUACUAUUGUGCGCAGGGAUCGAUGAGCGUAUGCUCGAUUCGCUCGCCAAAGAAGGAGUUAUCUCGCUCGCAGAUUCAGACACGUCGGCAAGGUCGAAAUUAUAG